GAUGGCGUUACAUAUCCAGUCCAGGAUAUGUAAUACCGGGGAUAUAUCCAAGAUCAUAACCAUAAGGAAAGGAGGAAAGGAGUGCUGUCGGUCAACAAUUAUGAAAACACGGAUGAAUGAUAAUUUGCAAAAUAAAAUUACUGUGAUGAAGAAUAAUUGCAAGCAGCAGAAAGAUAAGAAGCCAUUUGACAAAAAGAAAUACAGAUUACAGAAAUAUAGUAACAAGUAUAAGGUUGAUCAGUGGGAAGAGCGAAGGAAAAAGUCUGUAUUACGGAGGUAUUAUAAAGAGCUUCAUAAAGAUCAAGAUGCUGCUCGAAAAUUGUCAUUAUUUGCAUCGAAGGAAAGCAAAGAGGAUGACAGGGCAAGUCAACCCAAGAAGAAAUCUAAUGCUUUCUUUGCUGCAAAACAAGAAUUUCUGAAGAAGAAAGAAGAGAAGAAGAGAAUAAAGGAAGCAAUGCUAAAGUCGAAGGCUGAGAGAGAAGAAGCGUUAAAGAAAUACAAGGAAAAGAAGGCAUUGAUCUAUAAAAAAUUAUCUAAAAAAACUAGUAAGGGUCAACCUGUGAUGAAGGAUAGAAUGGAAAUGCUGCUCCAAAAAAUUCAGGAGGAUACCAGAGACGUACGAUAGCCUUUUUUUGUAUACAUUUCUGUAUAAAUUCAUCAUAAAUUACCAACACUUUUAAAUAAAAGAAAUGCUGCUGUGCACAAAUUCUUAGUA